AUGAGAACAACAAAUAACAGUUCUGUGCCUUUACGUGCAGCUGAUGCUGCUGUAGGGAGGGUAGAACCUAUUCGUAGUUGGAUAGAGACUGGGGGAAUGCAUUAUGUUCAGGCAGAUGUUCUGCCCAUUGGGGAUGAGGAGGAGGAAGAAGAAGAAGAUGGAGGGGAGGGAAGUGAGGGUGAUAAUGAAGAUAUGCUUUUUUACCUUAUUACCGAUGUCUUUCCUUCUUCCAAUGUUAAAGAUAUGCGUAGAUUUGCUUAUGAAUUAUUCUCUACUUUUCUUAUUCCUGGUGCCCCUCUGCAAUUGCCUAACAUAUCCCAACAUGAUAUUCAGGCUAUUGACAAGAUUUUAAUAAAAAUGUCUUCAACCCCUUCAACCUCUACUCAACAACAAGAUAUUGAACAAUUACGUAAACUCUUUAUACCAACAAGAACAAAAGCUGUUGGGCAAAUUAACGAACAAUUAUCCUUAUUCAGAAGGAAAAAACAUUUGGGUAGAAAAUUUCAGAAAAUCUUUGUCAAAAAUUUCUAA